UUCGGACACCGGAAAAAGAGGCAAAGCAAUACCUCCUGUUCUUCUAAAUGGAUCUUUGGUAAACUCAUUCACGGCAUGAGCAUGGAGGAAAGCUGUAAAAUGAAGUUCCAUGUAGAUUUUCUUUAUAAUUGACAGAUUUUCAGUACAAAUGUUAGAUUUAUUUCAAUAUGUUGCUGUAUUAGUGAGGCCCUAUACUAGAGUUUUUGCUUUUCUAGUUGAUAACUAGCUCGACUUGUCCGGUUAGCAAUGUUUACAGAGCUCAACGGCAUCCUGAACGCCUCUCCGGAGAGCUUCACACCGGGAGAAUUUAUUCUGCUGUCUGACAGACAGAGUGAUGCCUCUUUCCUCAUCCAUCACUUUCUUUCUUUUUAUCUAAAAGCGCGAUGUAAAGUGUGUUUUGUGGCUCUGGUCCAGUCAUUCAGCCACUACAAUGCAGUCAGUCAGAGACUGGGCGUCAGUUUAACCCAAGCAAAGGAAAAGGGACAGCUGACAUUUCUGGAGGGUUUGAAGGAGUCGCUGUCUGUUUUGAUUCCUCAAGAGGAAAAUGCAGAGAAUCAGGCCAUGAGUUUCCUCAGGGACCCGGCUGCAGGCCUGCGCAGCCUGUACGAGUUCGUUCAGUCCAGUGUGGUUGAAUCCAACGGGGGUGGGGGGGCGGAAGAGCAGUGGGGGCCUCCUGUGUUGCUGGUGGACGAUGUCAGCGUGCUGCUGAGUCUGGGAGUCCGCGUCGGAGCGGUGUUGGACUUCAGCCACUAUUGCAGGGCCACAGUCUGCUCACAGCUGCAGGGCAACGUGGUGAUGCUGGUGCGCUGUGACGGGGAAGCAGAGGAGGAUGAUGAAGGUUCACAGCAGCUGAUGAGGGGCCUGACCCACCAGAGCUGCCUCACUCUUCAUGUUCAGGGUCUGCCGACAGGCUACUGCAGGGACAUUCAUGGUCAGGUGGAGUUGUGCUGGAAAAAGAGGCAAAGCGAUGGGCAGCAUACACCGAAGAAAGUCUUCCAGUUCAAGGUCCAUGACAAAGGAGUCUCGUUCUUUGCUCGUGGGACAUCCAGUGCGGUUCUCUAGAUUCACUUUUCAGGAUCUCAAUUUGUGUUACCUGCUAAAGCUGACCAAACAGGUGUUAUGUUUUCUGAUGGGAUGUUGGCACCUAAUCUUGUCAGUCGAUGGUUUGAUUAAAAAUGUUUGAAUUAC